UCUUACGUAGUGUUUCAUACCUCAGGUUUUGAGUUAAAAGAAAAUUCUCAAUUAUGUUCAAGUUACUCUUGAUUCUUGGACUGUGCUUUGUGCAGAUUUUUGCUGAAGCUUCUCACCCAAGAUUCUCUUGUGAUUUUGACUCUGUUCAUGGUGUCCCAUCUCAACCUGCCGAUACUCUUCCGUACAAUUUGCAAGUUUCCGGAUAUGACUACAAUCCUGGCACCACAAUUACCGUGACAAUUGAUGGAGAUACCUUCCGUGGCUUUUAUAUUCGCGCAUUUGAUGAAGCAUCCCGAGAACCUUUGGGGACGUGGAAGGAGUCAACCUCCCUCCAUGCAAUGGACAGAUGCAAUGCAGCCAUCCAAGCUGAUCGCGAAGAUAAAGAAUCCGUUGAGCUUAAAUGGAAUUCUCCUCCAGAAGGAAGUGGAAAAGUUUACUUCAAGGCUCUAGUCAUGAAGGAUUAUUCGACUUAUUGGUCUGACCUGAUCUUGAAGGAAAACUAAAGUUACCAAUUACCAAUGAAUAAAAAAAAGCUUAGUAGUCUGCUCGUAGUCUUCACCGGGAUCUUUAUCAAAGAAAUAUGUAUGUUAAACGAAUAAAAAUAAAUGAUUGAUUUACAA